AUGUCACGUACUGGUGGAGGUCGGCCAGAUCUACAAGAAGAUGCAGCAGGUGUAGGGGUGGGCACACAGCAGGGGGGAGAUCAAAGUGUCACAGACCAGUCGGGAUUCAAAGAUGUGGGCUAUCCGCGAGGUGGGGAGGGCACACCAGAAGAGGUAGGGGAGGGACAGAAAGUCACAGAAGGUGACGUCGCAACAGGUGCUGAGGGUUACUACAAUUCUCACCCAGUCCCACGUGAGUAUGUCACCACCGAUCGUGUCAGUGACGACAUCACAAUAGCAGAGAGUGACGUCACACAAAGAGAAAAUGACAUUUCACAAGGUGAGGAGGACGUCACACAACGGGAUGAGGACCUCACACGAGGGGGAGUAAAUGACUUCCCACAAAUAGGAGAAGAUGACGUCACACAAGGGGAAGAGGUUAUUGGCGAUGAAUCUGAUGAUGCAGGGCAACCAUCAGAAGAAGAUGGUGAAGACCGGAUAUUGCUGGACCAAGGCUGUAUGGAUGUGUUAAGUAACUGCCGACAGUACAGUCAGAGCGACUGCAGACAGUUCCCAGACUGGGGCAGACAGAACUGCCAGAGGCGAUGUAACUACUGCGGAGACAACGACGUUCAAGCAACGACAUCCUCUACCAGUGAGGAUUCGGACUGUAGCGACGUCAACAAGCAGUGUGUUGAGUAUCCAGACAGCGUGUGUGAGGAGUACGAAGCAUGGGCAGGAAUCAACUGUAGACGUCGGUGUCACUACUGUGAGCAGGACAUGGGGGCGGUGACAGCUACUGUGACUGCGACCUGCAUGGACGUAUCCAGUGACUGCCACGACUACGAUCACUCCGUGUGUGUCCAGUACAGAGACUGGGCAGAGGUCAACUGCCGGAAGUUCUGUCACAUCUGUACUUAGUGCGUCCUAUCCAGUGACUGGCAACUGUGUUCCAGAGGCACUCUAAUCACCGGACAGUUGUUCCCUUAUGUGGACAAUUCUUGACCAAUCCCACUGAAAUCAGAUCUUGUACUCAGAUGUAAUACCUGUCUGCCUGACAACCAGAUCUACGUAUAAUGACCUCCACAGCAUCGGACUUCUAACGUGUCAUGCACGAACGAAAAGGGACAGUUUCGAAUGGAAAGUAAU